AUGACUUUUCGACCUUUUCCGGCUGACGAAAUAGCCAAAUUAUUGAAUGAAAUAAACGAAGACAGUGAAGAUGGUAUGGAAGAUGACGAUGACAGUGUUGCAGAUGCUGAUUAUCGAGCUGAGGAUGAGAUGGAACAAGAGCAGUUUUCUGGCGAUGAAAAUGAAGAUGAUGAAGUGAACCUAGAAGAGAUCAUUCAUAGUUUAGAAGACAAUCAACCUGAUCCGUCUCCAUCUACUUCUGCUGUGCCAACUAGAUCGCAACAAACCCAAUCUGUGGUACAACCUAGAAAGCCACUAAAACUCAACCUGCGAUGGAAAAUGAAAAGCCUGCUUUUGAAUGAGCAUCAGUUACGUUUUCUUGGAAACGAAAACUUACCAACAAAUGUUCUAGAGCUUGAUACGCCGAUCCAGAUUUUCUUGUCCUUGUUUUCUAAAGAUUUAAUUGAUUUUAUAGCAACUCAAACUAAUUUAUAUAUUGUGCAAAAGGAUCCCAAUAAUAAUUUUCGGGUUUCCACAACAGACAUCCAGCAAUUUAUUGGCAUAGUGUAUAGUUACCCAUCAGGAAUAGCACCAUUGGAACUUCUAUGA